AUGCCUCCACAUCCCGUACCACACUUGCAGUCCUCUGCCACCGCCUCAUCGGAGGGAGCGAGGGCUCAUGAUGACGGAGCUCCCUUGUCGCAUGUGUUUCUGUCGGAGGAGGAUGAGGGGGAGUUGACGGAGAUCCAUCGCACCUUGACCGCGCAGAGCCGCAGGGAUGCGCGUCCGGAAUAUGCGGAGCCGCAUUCCUCGUUCGAUAAGUUUCUGGACGAGGAGGUGCGCGCUGGGAAGAUGAGAUCUAACCUUGGGGUUUGCUUCCAGUCGCUUUCGACCUGGGGAGACGGGGAAGAUCAUGUCAAGGUCAAGACUCUUGGGACGGCGCUGUGGCGGACGUUGACCCUGCAGGAUGUCUAUGAAUGGACCAUCAAGCCGUGGGCGUCGAAGAAGAAGCCGGAGAGGGGACGGCAGUUGAUUCGGGAUUUCUCAGGCGUGGUGCGGAGUAGUGAGAUGAUGCUUGUGCUGGGGAGACCCGGAGCAGGAUGCUCGACGUUCCUGCGCACUAUCGCCGGUGAUCACUCCUCCUAUCUCGGGGUUACUGGCUCCAUCGACUACUCCGGACUGAGUCUGGAGGAGGUUCAGACUCAUUACCGCGGUCAAGUCGCCUACAGCCCAGAGGACGACGUGCACUUCCCCACUCUCAACGUCCGCCAGACGCUGGAGUUCGCGCUGCAGUGCAAGACCCCCAAGCGAUAUCAGGACCGGAUCCCUCGCUACCUGGAGAUCUACGGACGUGUUUUUGCCAUGUCGCACACCAUGGACACGCUGGUCGGAAAUGAGUUUAUUCGCGGUGUGUCCGGCGGCGAGCGCAAACGCAUCUCGAUCAUAGAGUCUCUGGCCACGGAUUCGGCGAUCAGCUGCUGGGACAACUCGACGAGAGGGCUAGACGCAUCUUCUGCGCUGGACUACGCGCGUAGUCUCCGCAUCAUGACGGACACGUGCGGCAAGGCCACCUUGAUGACGCUGUAUCAGGCCUCUGAUGCUAUCUAUGAUCUGGUGGAUAAGGUCCUGCUGGUCGACGAGGGCCGCAUGCUCUACCAAGGACCUGCGCGCGACGCAAAGCGUUAUUUCGAGGAUCUUGGUUACGAGUGCGCCCCAAUGCAGACCACCUGCGACUUUCUAACAAGUGUGUCCAUUCCCGAUCGACGACGAUUCCAACCGGGCUGGGAGAGCCGUGCACCAAAGGGAGCGGAGGAAUUAGAGAAGGCGUUCCGGGCGAGCAACGCUUACCAGGCCGUGGAAAGAGAUAUUCGGAACUACGAGGAUCAGUGCCUAGGCGGACAGACUUCGUCGGAUGAUUCAGAUACAGGAAGUCUGGAAGAGUUCAAGAAGGCCGUGCAGACCGAGAAAUCGCGCUUCGUGUCGCCAAAGUCACCCUAUACCGUUUCUCUCUUCCGGCAGAUUGUGCUCUGUGGCCGACGGCAGUUAUGGCAGACCAGGAACCACAUGGGGCCUAUCUACAUCAAGCUGAUGUCGGCUGUCGUUUAUGGGCUGCUCAUCGGCAGUCUAUUUUAUGAUAUGCCCCAAACGAGCGAUGGACUGUACUCGCGCGGCGGUGUCAUCUUUUACUCCUCGCUGAUGCUCGCAUGGUUGCAGAUGUCGGAGUUGGAGGACGCGAUGCAGGGGCGAGACAUUCUCAGCCGUCAGAAGAAGUUUGCGUUUGUCCGGCCUAGCGCCGUGUGUCUGGCGCGGUUGUUCUCCGAUGUCGUGCUUCUUGUCACCAUCAGUGCAUUAUUUCAGGUCGUGGUUUACUUUCUUUCAGGCUUGAAGACCAACGCUGGAUCAUUCUUCAUAGACUUUCUUUUUAUCUUCCUCUGCGCGAUCUGCUUGACACAGCAGUUCAGACUGUUCGCUGCGUUUUCGAAGACAUUUGAGGUUGCGUUGCGCUACGCUGGUCUUUCCGUCCUGGCAUGUAUUGUUCUUGGAGGUUAUGUCAUUUCGCUGGACAGACUUAUCAAUAAUGUUCCCUGGGUGGGGUGGAUAGCGUACACAACGCCGGUCAUCUACACCUUCGAAUCGAUGAUGGCGGCCGAGUUCCAUAGCACAGAUUUCACCUGUUCUCCCGGAUCAAUUGUUCCCUCUGGACCCAGCUACACCGAUGUCACCUACCAGACAUGCGCGUACUACGGAAGCCGGAUCGGGACCACGAUCAUCACCGGGGACGAUUACAUGGCCUCUCACUUCGGCUUCUACUACCACCACGUGUGGCGUAACUUCGGCAUCCUGUGCCUUUUCACCGUGUUCUACAUCGCUGCAACGUGUUGGGUCAGUGAGGCCGUUGAAUGGGAAUCCUCUAGUGCAGGACCAAUUCAAUACAAGGGAUCCCAGAAGAAAUCGAGGAAAGCUCAGACAACUCAGGAUGAGGAAGUUGGUGGUGUGCGAGACUCCAAGGGCAUGCCCGCUGCUCGCCAAUCUCCUCAUCCAGACCACGCUCUGGAGCAGGCCGUUCUGGCAUGCAAGUCGACGUUCACAUGGGAGAACCUUGAGCUUCACGUGGAGAUAGGCAGGGAGUCGAGGAGGCUGCUGAAUAAGGUGUCUGGGUACUGUAAACCAGGCAGCCUCACGGCCUUGGUCGGCGCAUCUGGCGCAGGAAAGUCCACACUGUUGACGGCCCUCACUCAACGCCAAAGCUCAGGCCAUCUGAGCGGCACGAUGUUUGUCGAUGGGCAUCCGACCGACGAAUCCUACAACCGUCGCAUCGGGUAUUGCCAGCAAAUGGACAUCCACGACGAAACGAGCACCAUCCGCGAAGCAUUCGAGUUCUCCGCUCUGCUGAGACAGAAUCGGCAUACCCCCGAUGCAGAGAAACUGGCCUAUGUCAACGUUGUUCUGGCCACGCUGGACUUGAUGGAAUUGCAAGAUGCUGUGAUCAGUUGUCUGGACAUUGAGAAGAAGAAGCGUGUCACCAUUGGCGUGGAGCUCUGCGCGAAACCCGAAUUGGUGUUGUUCCUGGACGAACCGACCAGUGGUCUUGACAGUCAGGGUGCUUCAAGUAUUGUGGCCCUGCUCAGGAAGCUGGCCGACCAAGGCUUGGCUGUGCUUUGCACUAUCCAUCAAGCUAAUCAGGAACAGUUUGAAGAGUUUGACCGCGUCCUAGCCCUAAGUCCCGGUGGUAACGCCUACUAUUUCGGCGAAGUAGGAGACUCAGGCCGUGCAAUCUUCGAAUACUUUGGCCGACACGGCUACCGGCCCGAGAACGUGACCAACGCAGCAGACUAUCUCAUCGAGAUUGUCGUCGGUGGUAUGAAGGAAGCUGAAAAGAGCGUCGAUUGGGUCGACGUGUGGAACCAUUCUACCGAAGCGGCGGCAGUCAAGGCUGAGAUCCAGACCAUCCGAGAGCAAGGCACAGUUGCAGCGGUUUCACCCACCAUCGACAAGCCCACCUCCCCGUCAUUCUACCGCCAAGUCAGGCUCCUGACCGGUCGAACCCUCCGGCAGUACUGGCGCAGCCCCGAGUACCCAUAUUCGCGUCUAUACGCCUCCUUCGCGCACGCCCUCCUCGACGGCCUAACCUUCUACCAGCUGGGCAACAGCUCCACCGACCUGGAGUCCAAAGCAUUCCUUUGCUUUUUGUGCCUGAUGCUCGUCCCCGAAUUCAUCAAUGCCAUCUCAAUGCGCUUCGUCAUGAAUCGCGACAUCUGGCUUGCCCGCGAGGGACCCGCGGGCAUGUACGGCUGGGUGGCGUUCAGCACGGCGCAGAUCCUCUGCGAGAUGCCGCUGGCCAUCGGCUCGGGCGUGAUGUUCUAUCUAAUCUGUUACUUCACCGCUGGGCUGCCGGACGGCUUUGCCGCCGGAUACAGUUUCUUGAUGUUCUUCCUGUUCUUCCUGUUUGCCACCUCGUGGGGACAGUGGAUUGCCGCGCUGAGCGCCGACGCAACCAUCGCAGCUACCCUGAUGCCCUUCUUCAUCACCAUGUGCGAGUUAUUCAACGGCAUCAUCCAGCCGCACGACAAGAUGCCGGUCUUCUGGAAGUACACCAUGUACUACCUCACCCCGUUCACCUAUUGGAUUGGAGGCGUCCUGACCUCCGUUCUGCGCGGGAUGCCGGUCGUCUGCGAAAAGGAUGAGCUGAGCUACUUCCGCAGUCCGGCGAACAUGACCUGCGGCGAGUACGCGGGCCCGUGGCUCGCUGAGAGGGGCGUCGGGUAUUUGUCGAAUCCGGAGGAGUCGGGGAUCUGUGGGUACUGCGAUUAUAAUUCUGGCGAUGAGUAUCUCGCGAACCUCGGGCUAGACUCGUCGGAUAUUUGGCCGUAUUUUGGCAUUUUUCUGGCUUAUGUGGUCUUCAAUUACUCCGUCGUCUAUCUCUUGGUGUAUUUGCGGUCGGUGAAGAAGCUGUUCUAA